AGAAAAUUGCUGAUAUCGAAGCCUUAGAUAAAAAACUUCGGGAUUUAGACUCUUCAAAAUAUCUUCAAACAGUUAAGGAUAUAAUUCAAGACAAAUUGAAUGAAUACAGUUUAGAAGAAGGGGAUUUAAGCAUUGAUUCUAAAGAGAAAUUAAAUAAGUUGAAAAAUAAUGAAAUUUCAGAAACUGAAGAAAUGAAAAAUUUCGAAACAGCAGUUUUGGAAGAUGUUGAAAAUAUUAAUGCUAAUAACAAAUUUGAGGAGUUAGAAAACUUGGUAAACCGAGUUAUAGCAUCAGGAGGAGAUUCUGAAAUUAAUGAGGCUAAAGAAAAAAUAGGACAAUUUUUGAACCAAGAUAAUAGGUUUUUUAAAUUAAAAGAAGAUGACGCCAAAAAUUUAUUACGAAGGUUAGUUAAUCCUAAUCAGCAGAAUGGUGGUGGUUCCCCUAAUUCAGAUGGAUUCCCUUGA